GUUUGGCCCGACGAUCAGAAUCAGAAAUCAGCAGCAGAAAACGCGCGUCGCAUUGUUGUCUCUGCUCGUGUCGCGCACCUCGUUCGCUCGUUUGCAAUUCCCUUCGCUCUGUUUUUUUUUCUUUUUGUUUUUACCUUUUAAAUUAUAUAUUAUUUUGUUGUUUGUUGCUGUUGAAACAUUAAAUGUUUGUCAAACAAUCUGAAGAAGAAACUCGGCUCGGUACGGUGAUUGUGUUCGUGUGAAUGGUUUGUGGUUCGUGGGCUUGAUGGUGUGUGUGUGUGCAGCACACAUUUUAGUGUGUCAGUGUAUUGGUGUGGAGUUGGCUUUUUGUUUUGCUGGCGUAUUCCGGUUUUUGGACGAAUGCGAAGAGUUGUGCGAAAUCCAAAGAGAAAAACAGAAAGAAAUCCCUUUUACAGUUAUCUGGUGCAAAACAAUUAAACGGAGGUUUCCGUUUAUAUGCCGUCGUCCCCCCACUCUCUCUCUCUCUCUUUGAUGGGGCAUGAUCUCCCCUUUUUCUCUCUCUCCCACACAUCCUGUUUUGAUCUCGCUCUCGGGCUGAGCCCUCUCCCUUUUGCAGUGUUGCACAACACCCAAUUAAGGGCGCGAUUUAAACUCGCAAUUAAAGGAAAAAAAAUUAGCACUCGCCUGCUAGGUGGUGAGUUGUGUCUUCGCCCAAUUAUCCAACUUAUCGUUGUGCAAACAAGACCAUUUCAUGGAGGGAGAUAAAGCCAAGCGCUCACCUGAUAAAGCCUAAACCUAAAAAAAGUACCAUGUCCAUCAGCAAUUAGGCCGAAAGUGUCCCUCAAAUGUGAAUUUAAUGUGCUGCUGGUGAUGUCAUUUCAAUUUAAGGCCCAGAGCAAAAAACAAAACAAACAAAUUUGCGUGUCGAGCGUGGGCCGGAGCUGUCAAAAAAGGCCAAAAAGACGAAUUCAAAAUCAGUCGAGGCCAUAAAUGGAAAAUCAGCGAAAACUAAACGCCCGCUAACACUAUAACAGUGUUUGCCAACACUGCCCAGGUCGCGUGUUGCAAGUGCAGCAGCGCUGCUGCGGUCAGCUGUCAAUGUCAUGUGUCGUUAACAGUGGCGUAGUCAAGGUUCUCAACAGGGGGUGUCUUCUAAACAAAUACUGGGGAGCAGGCCACCCCCUCUUCUUUGUGGUAUUCCCCUUUCUGCUGCAGUUAGGCGCUGCCCUGCUCUCGAUGUGACGCGUCGUGACAUGAGUAAUCCGGCAUAUGACAAUGAGAAACUGGGCAAGAACACAUGAACAAACAAGCACGCACGCACACACGGCCCUUGUGGAGUGGGGUGGGGUGGGGUGCAGGAGUCCUCGAUCCCGCUCUCUGUCGCUCUGCCUAGUAGUUGCUCUCUCACCCCACUGCGCUUACUCACACGCAUACGAGUGUACAGUAAAGGUCAUUCGAAUGGAUACCUGGGCAUCUAAAUAGGGCAACUAGAUAGUAGGAAGCUAGUAGCGACUAACUGCUUGUCAAAAUGAAAAGCAUUAGGAGGAGAAAGGGGAAAUCAAGGAGGAAAUAAGAGAGAGAAGUUGGUAGAACCCCCUGGUAUUUGUAAUAUUUAAAUAAAAAAUAAAAAAAAACAGAACCAGAACAGAAAACCAGAAAAAAGAGUAUAAAUAAUAGUCAGUUUAGUUUACAUUAAAAUACCCCAUCUCUAAGCCCCCCAUAAAAACCCCCAUCUCUAAAACCCUACGAAGCCCUGCUCCUAUUUCGCUCACCUCCACUGUUUACCUGCCUUUUGGCGUACGUGUGAGCUGCUCUGCUUCUCUCUUGCUCUCUCUAGCCCGUUCGGUGAGGGGGAGGGGGGACUUUACUGUCCGGCACCUCAUCACUCCGUCCAGUGACAUUCCGGCAGUGGCUCCGGCUCCAGAAUUUCAAUUUCAGUCGAGUGUUUAUUAAUUGGAGGAGUCUGAGAUUGUGUUUGUGUGUGUGUGUGUGUUUGUUUUGAUUCUUUCGCUCUCUUCUCUCUCUCUCUUGAGAUCUCUCUCCCUUUUUGGGGACAACAAUGCCAGGCGAUUGUUUUGGGGGGCUGCACAAACGGGUUAUAUUGUUUGUGGCAAGUCACCAGUUGCAUGCAACAUUAGCAUCUGGGCUGAGGCUGCAGAGCUGCAGCUUUCCUCCAUUCAUUCCGGCAUUCAUUCAUUCCGUCGGUGGUCGUCUUGCAUUACAAAUACCAUUUCCCAUUUCGCACAGAAGUUUCACUUUUUUCACUUUUUUUGCCGCAAACUCGCUGGUGGAAAGAAAGCAGAGCAAAUUGAAUCGAAUUGAUAAACGAGCCAAGCCAAGCCAAGUGUAUUUGUGAUAACAGACGCGUCCCAAACAAACAUGUACAAAUAGCCGAACGUAGAUACUAGAUACGCGAUAAACAGAAGAACAAAUAACAUAAAAGUGACAAUAAAGAGACGGCGGGAAGAGUGGAUGGUUGAUGGUUCACAUUCGGUCGGAAGAGCAGGAUUAGGAGCGAAAGCACGAUGAUCAAACUGAAAUCCUUGUUCCGCAGAGGACAGGGCACCUCCAGCUCCAACUCCUCCAACUCGUCGCACAAGCAGCAGCAGCAGCAGCAGCAGCAGCACUCCAACAACAAUCGCCAAAAGUCACAGUCCAGUACGUCCCUGAACACGGCCCAUGAGCAGCAGCAGCAGCAGCAACACAAUCUUGCAGCAACAACCAAGUUCUAUCCCCAGGAGGCGGCCAGCUACGAGAGGGCCGUGGAUGUGGGCGAUGAGGAGGCACUAAGGCUCACCAAUCAACAGCAACAGCAGAGGCGACAACAGCAACAGCAGCAGCAGCAACAGUUGCAACAACAGUUGCAACAGCCACCGCAGCAGAGCCAGACCUUACCCACCAAGAAAUCAAAACUAAAAGGACAGAAGCAACCGAAACAACUGCCAACCAGCAAUGCCACUGACCAGGAGCCACUGCAGCAGCCACCACCUCUGAUGACUUCUGUGGCAGCCGCGCCACCACUGGUCCCUGCCACCGGCAACACUAACUCGAACAGCAGCAGCAGCAACAUCAACAACAACAACGCAUUGGCCGCCUUGCAAGAUGGUGGCGCUGCUGCCGCCGCUGCAGCAGAUUUCUAUCAGCAACUAGCAGCAGCAGCCACCGCCUCAGCCACAUCCUCCAACGGCAGUAGCCAGAGCACGGAUAGUCAUAGUCCGGCGGCAGCAGCAGCAGCAGCUGUUGCAGUAGCCGCUGUGGCAGCCAGUAGCUUUCAACAACAACAGCAGCAGCAGCAACAGCAGCAGCAACAGCAACUUAUCAACAGCGAGCAACAACAACAGCAACUCUUAGAGGCUAACAACAAGAUGCAGGAGCUGCACAAGCAGCUGGAGAGACUGGGCGGCGAGCAACUGCAGCUGGAGACACGGAUCACGGAGCUGCUGCCAUACCAAAGCGAGGUGGCCAGGCUGAAGGGUGAUCUGGUUAAGAUGCAGAGUCUACAGGAGAAGACCCAGAUGGAGAUCGGCAACCUGAAAUACGAGAACGAAUCUUUGCGCAAUCGGCUGCGGGACGUUGUCAACUCGCCGCUGUCGGACGCGGAGAAGCACCAGAUCAUCCAAGACUCGCAGCGUUUGCACAGCUCGGCCCCAGCCUCGAUAGCCCUGCCAAGUACAAACGACGCCCAGGAUGGCACUCCUUGCCUCACACCCGACUGGGACAAACAGUCGUCCUCCAGCGAGAUUUCUGUAGCCUGCCUGCAGGACAAGAUCAUUCAGAUGGAGGAGACGCACUACUCCACGAAUGAGGAGCUGCAAGCGACGCUCCAGGAACUGGCCGAUCUGCAGACCCAGCUGACCGACACCCAGACGGAGAACGAACGGCUGGCCGAGGAGAAGGACGUCCUGUUCCAGUCCUUGUGCCGACAGACCGAGAAGCUGAACGAGUCACGCACCCAGAUCAGUACGCUCCAGGAGCUGCUAUUGCGGGACACCAAGCAGGCGGCCACUGAGGUGAGUGCCUCGGAGCGGGAGGAGAAGCUGCUGGAUCUGAUCAAGACGUCGCAGGAGGAGCGCGAAGCCGUACUGCUCAAGCAGGAGGAGAUGGGCGCCGAGCUGGCGGAGCUGCGGCAGGCCAGGGAAGCUGGCCAGCAGGAGCAGCAGCGGCAGCGGGAGAGGAUCGCCCUGCUGGACUCCCAGCUGGAUGCGGCCAAUGCCGAGCGGAGGCAGGGCGAGGCCCAGUUCUCGCAGGCCAAGGACGAGAUCUCGCAGCGGGCCAUCGAGAUCAGUCGCCUGAGCACUCUGCUGGAGAAUGCCCGCUCCAAGAUCGAGGAACUGGAAGCCGAUUUGGCCCGUGGGGAUAAGACGGAUCUGAGCGAUGUCCUGGACGCUGCGCGCAAGGAGAAGGACGCCCUGGAGGAGCGGGUGGCCGAGCUGCAGGAUCAAUUCUCGCGGAGCCAGGCGGAACUGCGGCGGCUGAAGGAGCAGCUCUCGGGCGUCACCGAGGAGUGCAAGGUGGCCAAGAACAAUGCUAAGUGCGCUGUCUCGCACUUGGAAUACCGGCUGGAGCAGCUGCAGCGGGAGAAGGACAAGCUGGCCGGCGAGUGGCAGGUCCUGGAGGAGCGCGUUGCGGAGCUGCAGGUGCAGUGCAAGUGCCACCAGGAGGACAAGGCCCAGCUGCAGUCGCUUCUGGGCGAGACGCAGCGUCAUCUGGGCGAUGCCAAGGUGCAGUUGGGCGAGACGGAAAGACGGCUGGAGCAGGAGACCCAGCUGCGCCGCAAGGAGGCCGAGGAGUGGCAGCAGUUCCAGGCCGAUCUCCUGAUGACGGUGCGCGUGGCGAACGACUUCAAGACUGAGGCGCUCAGCGCCCGGGAGCAGCUGGUGCUCGACAACAAGACGCAGAAGGAGAAGAUCCAUCUCCUGGAGCAGCAGCUCGACAAGCUAACCAAGCAGCAACUGCAACCGUCCGAGACGCCGCAGUCGGUGCUGUCCACGGUCCAGCGGGAAAUGGAGAUGGCCACCAGGCGGAACAAGAUGAGCUUCAGUCGCCAGGACUCCAGGCUCUCCGUGAAGACGCUCAUCGAGAGCAUCGAGAACAACAAAACGGCCAAAGCUGAUGAGGCGGAGUCCCACUACAGUUCCACGUCCAGCUUGAACAGCGGCACUCCGGAACUGGGGCACACGCCCAUCAUUCUGCCACCGUCCAGUGACUGGCACGAGAGCCUACGCCUGCCAGUGCUGCAGAGCAGCAAUCUGCACGUGAACGUGGGCAGUCCGGCGUUAGCCAGCAGCUCGGGAGGAUCAGCUAGCACUACCAAAGCCACAUUGCCGCUGCGGGAUCAGCAGUCGGCAUCGUCAUCAGCGUCGCAUCAGCACCAGCACCUGCAGCAGCAGACGUCCCAGCAGAGCCAGAGUUCGGUCCAGACUCUGUCGCAGCCCUCCACGCCGGCCACGCCCAGCAGUGCCGGCAGCAGCAGCAGCAGCGGCCUGCCCUUUGGCAAUGUCUCAAAGUCCUUUAUCAGCGGCGAACGGAAGGAUCCGCUGAAUAUGCUGGCCAAGAACGGCGGCUCGAAGCGCAAUGCCCUGCUGAAGUGGUGCCAGAACAAGACCGUGGGCUAUCGCAACAUCGACAUCACCAACUUCAGCUCCUCGUGGAACGACGGCCUGGCCUUCUGCGCCAUCCUGCACUCGUAUCUGCCCGAUCGCAUUCCCUACGACCAGCUGAGUCCAGCCAACAAGAGGCGCAACUUUUCGCUGGCCUUUGCCGCCGCCGAGUCGGUGGGCAUUGGAACGACUUUGAAUAUCAAUGACAUGUGCCAGAUCGAAAGACCCGACUGGAUGCAGGUCAUGUCCUAUGUGACGGCGAUCUACAAGUACUUUGAGACCUAGACUAUGAAGGAACUAGCUUUUGUGUAUAUUGAUGAUUUCCACAUCCUGGACAGAAAUCUUUUAAAUCAACAACCUCCCCUCCCCCUCCCCCUAUCCCAUUAGAUAUAUAUAUAUAUAUUUUUUUUUUGUUAAACCCAAAAAUAUUCUUGAUACUGAUACUGAUCCUCAA